CUUCAUUCAACACUUCCCGAAUUCUCUUCAACUCACACGGCAUUGGCUUUUUAUCCAACAAAAUCUACUCUUGUGAUCACUUUAUCUUCCAAUGAAUUUUUCCUUUAUGAUAUUGAAUCACAAAAGCUCGAUGAUUGGUCACUAACGUAUUCCAAAAGUCUACCAAAAACAUUUCUCAAUUUAGAGAAUAGGCUUGUUGGUUGCGCGUUUAAUCCUGCAAAUAAUGAUACAAUUAUACUUUGGGGAGCUAAUUAUUUUUGCCUUAUUGAUUUUGACAAAUGUCGUAAGGAUAAGGGGCAUCAACCACAUUUGGUUACGUGUACAGGAUUACGGGAAAAAUCAAAAAAUAAAGCAACACCAAAACAGAAUGGUCUAACGAAAAAGAGAAAAAGGGACAAAGCUGAAAAAAUUAUAAAAAGGGCCAGAACUGAAAAAAUGAAUAAUUUCCAACUCGUUUAUAGAUAUCGCUCAUUAAUGUAUAUCGAUUUUAUUGAACCCAAUACUAUGAUAGUGAUAGAAAGGCCAUUUACUACUAUUUUGGAAAAUUUACCACCAUCAUUUUACAAAGCUCAAUAUG